CACCGGCCUGUGGCGGAGAGCAGGAGUUGCCGGGCCGGGCUUUGGCCUGCGGUUGAUGCUGGGAGUUGCGGUAGCCGCUUUAUCGCGUGCAAGCCCGGUGGCGAAGCAGCUUCGAACCCUCGUCAGCCGUAGUCGCCGUGACCAUCAAGCCGAGCUCCGAAGGAGCCUUACCGCCGCCGGGUUUCUUGUGUGCCGCGCCGCCGCUGCCGUGACAGCCAUGCCGGGCAGGGCCAAGGCCUCUCCCGUCUGCGGCCCGGACCAGUCUGAGGAUUUGGAGGGCAGCCGUGGGGCCAAGGCCGGUGCAAUUCAGGACGAGCCGGAAGCAGAUGGAGAGGGCACCGCUGCCGUCGCCUACGAGCCCACCCCCAAUUUGGGGGAUCCAGAGAUUGUCAAGUCCCCCAGCGAUCCUAAGCAAUACAGGUACAUCAGACUCCAAAAUGACCUGUGUGCGUUGCUCAUUUCGGACUUAAAUAAUCCAGAUGGUAGCCCUUGUGCAUUGUCUUCCGAGGGAGAGGAUGACUCUGAAGAAGACACUGAUGAAGAUGAAGAUUCUGGAGCAGAAAUUGAAGACGACCAAGAAGGAUAUGAUGAUGAAUGUGGUGACUAUGAUGAGGAUCUUGAUGACCCUGACAGUGAACUGGAAGAGUUAGGAGAUAAAGAGGAGACAAGGAAGAGGAAUUGUACAGAAAAGCAGUCUGCAGCUGCACUUUGUAUUGGUGUUGGCAGUUUCUCUGACCCUGAAGAUCUGCCUGGGCUGGCACAUUUUCUGGAACACAUGGUUUUCAUGGGCAGUUCAAAAUAUCCAGAUGAGAAUGGGUUUGAUGCUUUUCUGAAGAAACAUGGGGGCAGUGACAAUGCUUCAACAGAUUGUGAACGGACAAUCUUCCAAUUUGAUGUACAGAGGAAGUACUUCAAGGAAGCUCUUGAUAGAUGGGCACAAUUUUUUAUUCACCCUUUAAUGAUCCGGGAUGCAAUAGAUCGAGAAGUUGAGGCUGUAGACAGUGAAUAUCAGCUUGCAAGGCCAUCUGAUGCAAACCGAAGAGAAAUGUUGUUUGGAAGUCUUGCCAGGUCUGGCCACCCUAUGAAGAAAUUUUUUUGGGGUAAUGCAGACACUCUGAAACAUGAACCAAAACAAAACAACAUUGAUACCUAUACCAGACUGAGGGAAUUCUGGCAGCGCUAUUACUCCGCUCACUAUAUGACUUUAGUUGUGCAGUCUAAAGAAACCCUGGAUACCCUGGAAAAAUGGGUCACUGAAAUCUUCUCAGAGAUCCCAAACAAUCAUUUACCGAGACCAGUGUUUAGCCACCUGACCGAACCUUUUGAUACACCUGAUUUUCACAAACUUUACAGAGUUGUUCCAAUCAGAAAAACUCACUCUCUGAAUAUCACUUGGGCUCUUCCUCCACAAGAACAACAUUAUAGGGUGAAGCCACUUCAUUAUAUUUCCUGGCUCAUUGGACAUGAAGGCAAAGGCAGUGUUCUUUCAUUUCUUAGGAAAAGGUUCUGGGCACUUGCAUUGUAUGGUGGAAAUGGUGAGACGGGAUUUGAGCAAAACUCCACAUACUCCGUCUUCAGUAUUUGUGUGACCCUGACAGAUGAAGGUUACAAGCAUUUCUAUGAGAUUGCUCAUGUUGUAUUCCAGUAUCUGAAAAUGUUGCAGCAAACAGGACCUGACCAAAGAAUAUGGGAAGAAAUCCAGAAGAUUGAAGCUAAUGAAUUUCAUUACCAAGAACAGACUGACCCUGUUGAAUAUGUUGAGAGUCUUUGUGAAAAUAUGCAGCUGUUUCCAAAGGAGGACAUUCUGACAGGAGACCAACUUCUCUUUGAAUACAAGCCAGAGAUCAUUGCUGAAGCUCUUAACCAGUUGUCUCCUCAGCGAGCCAACCUGAUUCUGUUGUCUGCUGCCCACGAAGGCCAGUGUAAUCUAAAGGAGAAGUGGUUUGGUACACAAUACAGUGUUGAAGAUGUUGAUCCAUACUGGAGCAAUAUGUGGGCCAGUGACAUCAUGUUAAAUCCAGACUUACACCUCCCUGAAGAAAACAGAUAUAUUGCAACUGACUUUGCUCUGAAAGCCCCUGAUUGCCCACAGACUGAAUAUCCAGUCAGUAUACUGAGCACUGAGCAAGGCUGUUUGUGGUACAAGAAGGAUGACAAAUUCAAAAUCCCUAAAGCUUAUAUCCGUUUUCAUCUAAUCUCACCACUGAUCCAGCAGUCUGCUGAGAAUGUGGUGCUGUUCGAUACGUUUGUGAACAUCCUUGCGCACAACCUUGCUGAACCUGCUUAUGAAGCAGAUGUUGCUCAGUUGGAGUAUAAGCUCGUAGCUGGAGAACAUGGAUUGAUCAUUCGUGUGAAAGGAUUCAAUCACAAACUGCCGCUGCUGUUUCAACUCAUCAUUGACCACUUAGCUGACUUCAGUUUUACUCCAGAGGUUUUUGAGAUGAUAACUGAGCAGUUGAAAAAGACUUAUUUCAACAUUCUCAUCAAGCCAGAAACACUGGCCAAAGAUAUACGCCUCUUAAUUUUGGAGCAUGGGAGGUGGUCUAUGACAGACAAAUAUGAGACAUUGAUGAAGGGUCUUGCUUUAGACUCUCUGCUUUUAUUUGUGAAGGCUUUCAAGUCUCAACUAUUUGCUGAGGGCCUUGUCCAAGGAAAUUUCACAAGCAGUGAAUCAAAAGAAUUUCUGGAUUACGUUGUUGAAAAAUUGCAGUUCCUUCCUCUAGUACAUCCAUGUCCAGUUCAGUUCCGGGUGAUGGACUUGCCAAAUGCCCAUCUGCUGUGCAAAGUGAAAACCCUUAACAAAGGCGAUGCAAAUUCUGAAGUGACAGUCUACUAUCAGUCUGGAGCCAGGAGUUUAAGAGAAUACUCUCUCAUGGAAUUGCUUGUGAUGUACAUGGAGGAGCCUUGUUUUGACUUUCUGCGAACCAAGCAAACCCUGGGAUAUCACGUGUACCCAACUUGCAGAAAUACAUCUGGGAUUCUUGGCUUCUCAGUCACUGUAGCAACACAGGCAACCAAAUACAACUCGGAACUAGUGGAUAGAAAGAUAGAAGAAUUUCUUUCAUGUUUUGAUGAAAAAGUCAAACAUAUGACUGAAGAGGCCUUCAAGACACAGGUCACAGCUCUUAUUAAAUUAAAAGAAUGUGAAGAUUCCCAUCUGGGUGAGGAGGUGGACAGGAACUGGACAGAAGUGGUGACUCAACAAUAUCUGUUUGACAGGCUAGUAAGGGAGAUUGAAGCUCUCAAAUCCCUUUCUCAGUCCGAACUAGCUGACUGGUUUCAAGUGCACAGAGGUAAAGAAAGGAAAGUGCUUAGUGUACAUGUGGUUGGAUUUGGAAUACAUGAAGGUGAUUUAGAAAGUUCCUCUCUCACAAAUGUUCAUAGCCCCUCAUGCAAUGAAAUACCUCAGCUAAUGUUCCUGGACCCUACUUCUUUGACAGAUGCCAUUUGUAUCAAGGACAUCAAAGUGUAUACAUCAUCUCUCAAUGUUCUCCCAUACCAUAAGAUAUUAAAAUAACACAUCUCAGACUGCAGUAAAGUGUAGUACAACUUAACUACUGACCACUGGGAUAUUUGCUCUCCUACAAAGAAUCCAGUCUACCAUACUCUCUGGAAAAUAUGUAAUUGAAUAUCCUCUGCAAUCUAAUCUGCUACAAACAUGUCUUUGAAGGGAAUGGUAUACAUAACAAGUGUUACUGGUGAAAAUGCAUAAUAUAGCUGGCAGUGGAUAUAGGAAGACUGAAAGCAUAUAUAACAAAAGGGUUGUACCAGCUGACUAUCUAAUGUAGUAAGUCCUUUUGCUUGAAAUGCUACUUGACUUAGCAAAAGAGUGAGGACUGUACUGGGUAGGUAUGCAACUCCAGUUCCUCAACUCAGUUAUGUUACUUUAGGGACAGAAAUGUGUGCUAUCCAAUGAAUUCUAUUAGACUACUUAAAAUGGAUGAACUGCCUGUGUGAAACAACUGAGAGCAAAAACACUGCUGGUUUUGGGUGAGGGAGAGACAACAGUUCAGGAUGAGUGCUGAGAUGACAUGUGCAAUAAAUUAAUUACUUGGAUGAUAA